AUGGAUAAGAAAGCGAGGGAAUAUGCACAGGGAGCCAUAAAGUUCAUCCAGAAAAGUGGAAGUAAUUUUCUGGCAUGCAAGAACAUAAGGGAGAAGUUAGAGGAAAAGGGGUUCAAGAGAAUCGAGGAAGGAGAUAUAUGGAAUCUGGAAAAAAAUGAAGGAUAUGUAUUCAGUAAACAGAAUAGAAAUAUAUGCAGUUUUUUUAUUGGGAAAAAUUUCAGCAUUCAUAAAGGUUCUAUUCUCAUAUCUAUUGGACAUAUUGAUUCGUGUUGCUUAAAAAUAUCCCCCAAUAAUAAUCUAGUAAGAAGUAAACUAAAUCAAUUAAAUGUUGAAUGCUAUGGUUCUGGAUUGUGGCAUACAUGGUUUGAUCGAAGUUUAGGAUUAUCUGGACAAGUUGUGUAUAAAAAAGGAAAAAAACUCGUGGAAAAGCUCAUUCAGAUUGAUAAAUCCAUUUUAUUUUUACCCAGUCUUGCCAUACAUCUGCAAAAUAGAACCCGAUUCGAAUUCAAUGUCAAAAUUAAUUAUGAGAAUCAUUUGAAACCUAUUUUGUCUACCCUUCUCUAUGACCAACUCGUGAAGGGAAACUCUCCCACAUCUGCCCAACUGGCAGAAGAGGGAAACGUCCAAGAUGUUGAAAAGAAAAACCAAACAGACGACCAACUUAUGAAGAACCGACUAAUGAAAAACGAACCGAUAGAAGAAGGCGAACCAAUAGACACCAAAAUAGUCGAUGGGACAUUGGCCAAGUGUGAUUCUCAUCAAGAAAAUCCAAACGCAUCUCCACUUCUUUACGUUCUAGCAAAAGAAUUGAAGUGUGCAGAAAUGGAUAUUCUGGACUUCGAGCUGUGCCUUAUGGAUGUAAAUGAACCAUGCUUCACAGGGGCGUAUGAAGAAUUUAUCGAGGGUGCCAGAUUCGACAAUCUUCUAGGUUCCUACUGUAUAUUUCAGGGGUUCGCAGAGAUGGUAGAAAAUAUAAAAGCCAGCGACAGGAAACUGACACAAGGGAGUGAUCCAAACGGGAGUGCACCCAAUGGAAGUGGGCACACAAAUGUACAUCCAGAUGUGCAACCAGAUGUGCAACCAGAUGUACACAACAACCUGUACAUAUGCAUUGGCUAUGAUCACGAAGAAAUAGGAUCCUUGAGUGAAGUGGGGGCACAAUCGUAUUUUACCCAAAGUUUCAUUAAAAGAAUAUUAAGUGCUCUUUGCAGACAGGAGAAUCCAGAUGGUCUCGCAUCUACCUCCAUCGAUGAACUUUAUGGUAGCCUCAUGAACAGAUCUCUCCUUUUAAGUGUCGAUAUGGCUCACUGCAGUCAUCCAAAUUAUCCAGAAACGGUGCAAACGAAUCACCAACUAUUUUUUCAUGAAGGAAUUGCUAUUAAAUAUAACACAAAUAAGAACUAUGUAACAUCUCCUUAUUACACAUGUCUGCUUAAAAGAACCUUCGAAUUGUUUGCAUCUAAUUAUAAGGAACCUAUAAAGUAUCAAAAUUUUAUGGUAAAAAAUGAUACCCCUUGUGGCAGUACUGUGGGUUCUAUGCUUGCAUCGAACUUGUCAAUGCCUGGUAUUGAUAUUGGCAUACCUCAGCUAGCUAUGCACUCGAUCAGAGAAAUUGCAGCAAUACGUGACAUCUAUUAUCUCAUCAAGGGAGUCUUGGCUUUCUACACGUAUUAUAACCAAGUCCAUGCAGCAUGCGUGCCAGACGCGUAA